GUAAAAUUAGUAUUUUGAGCGCUGCAUUUUUAUUGAUCAUCCGUUUGCUGACGUCAAUAUGACGCCAAUGAAAAAUGGAGAAUGAUUUGAAAUAGGCGCGUUUUAUAUCGGUUUAUUCCCUUUUAAUCCCAUUUCAAGUCCUUAUAUCAUAAAAAUAUUUACGUAUUAAUAAUUUCAUUCCUUUUUGAGUUACGAAUAUGCUCGAAUCACAAAAAAAUGUCAAAGGAUUCCAGAAAUCUACACGGAUAACGUUACAGAAAGUGUCAGAACUUGACAAGUAACCUGUCGCGCUUCUCUGUAACGUUAACGAGUGUUAAAUUGCUAAAACAGAAAGAAACUGUGAAUAAUAAUAAUAACAACAGUAGUAGAUAUGGCGGCAGCUUGUGUAUAUAGUAGUAAAUAGCUUUAUACUAAAUGUAAUGAAUUUUUAAAUGAAAUUAUUAGGUGACAUUAGGUCGAACGGCGUUAAUUCAACUUUAGAGUGUCCCGAAAUGGCUCAGUCGAAUCCAGGCCCGACGAAGGAGGUCGAGUUCAACGAGUUUUACACAGAAGUGAAAGAGAUCGAAAAGCGCGAUUCCGUUUUAACGCCCAAACAACAGAUUGACAGGUUAUUGAGACCUGGUUCCACAUAUUUUAACUUAAAUCCUUUCGAAGUCCUACAAGUCGAACCAGAGACUCCUCUGGACGAAAUAAAAAAGAAAUAUCGUAGAUUGUCUAUUUUAGUUCAUCCGGACAAAAAUCAGGACGACGCGGAUCGGGCCCAGCAGGCCUUCGAGGUCGUCAACAAGGCUUGGAAGACGCUCGAAAAUGACGAAACGCGCAAAAAAUGCAUGGACGUCAUUGAGGAGGCCAAAGGACGAACGGACCUAAUGCUGACUGAAAAACGAAAAAAGGCGAAAAAAGACGGCAAAGACAGCAUCCCCGAAGACGACCCCGAGAAGUACAAACAUGCUGUUUAUGUUCUCACCAUGAAACUUUUUGCAGAUAUGGAAAGGAAACGAAGGGAGCUGGCGGCAAAAGACCAGGAAGAACGAAAACGGAAACGGGAAAAAGAGAUAGAGGAAGAGGAGGCUGCUAAAGCUCAAAAGGAAUGGCAGAAGAAUUUUGAGGAUUCCAGACAGAGCCGGGUAGACAGCUGGUUGUCGUUUAAAGCCGGAAGUUCCUCAAAGAAGUCUACCAAGAAAAUGAAGUCUUUCAAACCGCCAAAACCCAAGCCGGAAACCCGAUAAAUAAAUUAGUAUUUAGCGUUAGGUAUUACAAGUGUAUAUAUAAAUAAAUAUACGUGUUCAUGAAUGUAACGAACAUUUUAAUUAAUGAUUAUUUUAAUUAAA